AUGGAGGAAUUUGGGGUUAGCAGCACCGUCGCGAUCCUCCCUCUAUCUCUCUACGUCUUUGCUCUUGGCUUGGGACCCGUGGUCGGCGGGCCGCUGUCUGAAACCCUUGGCCGAUACCCUGUCUAUGUAGGGACGCUUUUAUUGGGGAGCUUGUUUACGCUCGGUGCUGGAUUCAGUCAUUCGAUUGCGUCGCUAUCGGUCUUGCGGUUUCUGGCCGGUUUCUGCUAUGGACCGUCUCUCGCCAUCGCUGCGGGGACGAUCAAUGAAACAUUCCAGCCGAUGAAGCGCGCCAUACCGUCUACGAUCUUUAUCCUCACGCCGUUUUUGGGACCUGGGCUGGGCUUCGUGGUGAACCGCAAGGGCUGGCGAUGGACGCAAUGGACAUUACUCUUCUUUGCGAUAUUCAGUCUCCUGUCAACGGCGAUUGCGCGCGAGACCUUCCAUUCGGUGAUCAAACGCCGACGAUCGAAAGAGCUCGGGCUUGCUCUCCCCGCCUCCCUUCCAUUGUCUUCGAAGAUUCGCUUAUUCGCAACGGUCGCUCUUUUGCGGCCGCUGAAGAUGCUUCUCUUAGAGCCCAUCGUCUCUUUUAUCUGCCUCUAUGUGGCAUGCGAGUUUGCGACGCUGUUCUCUUUCUUCGCGGCCGUUCCGCUAGUGUACCAAUCCACCUAUGGGUUUGGGAUCGAAGACUCGGGUCUGGUAUUCCUCGCCAUAGUAGUGGGAUGCCUCCUUGGGGCGUUAACGGUAUUGCUCUCCGAUAUCUUGCUGUACCAGCCCCGAGCGGGCAAAUACCCUGGCCAGCCAGUCCCACCUGAAUAUCGCCUUUUCCCUGCCAUGAUCGGGAGUCUGGGGAUCCCUCCGGGGCUGUUCUGGUUUGGAUGGACCGCGCGACCGAGUGUACACUGGGCAAGUCCCACCGUGGCGAUCAUGCUAUUCGCAUGGGGGAACCUGUGUGUAUUUGUUAGUACAACGCAGUAUUUGGUCGAUACGUAUCACGGCUUGACUAUCGCGAGUGCGAUGAGCGCGAACAGUCUGGCCAGAUACGGACUUGCAGCUGCUUUUCCCCUCUUUACUCUCCAAAGUAUGUGGGAGCUUCUUUUUCAUUUCCCUUUGCGGACCUUGCUGAUUAUUUGCAGUGUACAGCAAGCUUGGUUUUGGAUGGGCUUCAAGUUUGUUGGGGUUUAUCGGUAUUGCCCUCCUCCCCGUUCCGUGGAUCUUCUUCUUGACGGGGAAGAAGCUGAGAGCUCUGAGCAAAUUUGA